AUGGCAUCUUCUCAAAGCUGCCGCACCGGCGUCGCUGGUCUGUUGCGCAACCUUUCGUCGGCGCACGCUUCCACCUCGGCACACCAUGGCUCCGCAUUGAUACGCUCGCGCUGUCUCUCGACGUCGGCCUCCGCCUUGAACGCCGCCGAGUCGUCGUCUACAUGGACCGCAUCUUCCCCGUCGCAGUCGUCUCCUUCUUCAUCAUCAUCCUCCUCGUCCUCCUCGUCCUCCUCCUCGUCAGCACCAGCACCGCGCGCAUCCUCGGCGGCGCCCGCCAAACCGUCCAAGCCCGUCAAGACCAUCCCCGCAUCGUCGCCGCUGCUGGACAAGCCCAUGCCCAUCGGCUUCCCCUCGAGCACGCUGCGUGGCUUCCCGUCGCUGCUCCACUUUGCCGACCCGGUGCUGGAUGCGCAUCCGUCCAACGUGCUGCGCAACAAGCCCACCACCUCCAUGCCCUACCCCUCGAGCGUCACUUUCUUCAACGAGCCGCGCAUGUUUGAGCCCACGCCGCCCUCGGCCGACUCGCUGGUGCUCUCGUCGGGCUCGGACGCGGACGAGGUCAACUCGGAGCAGUACCUCUCCACCGUGACGCCGCUGUCGGUGCGCGAGGUGCGCGACCUGCACCGCCACGCCAUCGUGCUCAAGCGCGUCGUCCACAUGACCACCAAGGGCAAGGACGCCAGCAUGUAUGCGCUCGUCAUCGCCGGCAACGCCAACGGCCUCGUCGGCUACGGCGAGGGCAAGGACACCAACGCCUCCAAGGCCGGUCGCAAGGCCUUCCACGAGGCCGUCAAGACGCUCGACAGCGUCGCCGUCCACAAGGGCUCCGACGGCUCGCGCACCAUCGAGACCCAGGUCGAGGCCAAGUGGGGCGCCAGCACCGUCGUCCUGCGUCCGCGUCCCGCCGGUUUCGGUCUGCGCGUGCCCCCCGUCAUCCACGCCAUCUGCCGCUCCGUCGGCAUCACGGACCUCUCGGCUUCCAUCCAGGGCUCCACCAACCCGGUCAACGUGGUCAAGGCAACGCUGCAGAUCCUCUGGGGCGGCGCGGCGCCGCUCGGCAUGGGCGAUGGCAUCGGUGGCCAGAUGCGCCGCAAGGACAAGGGUCGCGGCAUGCGCAGCCGCCUCGACAUUGAGCGCAGCCGUGGCCGUCGCAUCACCGAAGUCAACGCCGCAAACUCCACCUCUCUGCUGGCUAUCCCACUCGAACCCACCACACCAUCCGACCAGCUUUUUGCGAUUCCAAUCAUGCAGCACUGCAAGCGAGGAGACCGAGUCUACUUUACCAUCGGUCAGAACCAGGAGGAAGGCGUCGUCGAGACGGUCGAAUAUCGCGACGACGGCACGGUCAUGGCCACGAUCCGAUUCGACAAGAAAGAUGGCGCGGUUUCGCACAUCAACCGCAACGUCGACAAGCUCGAACCGGCGCAUGCGUCGCCACGAGCACGCGAUGCAGGUUCAAGGUACGGCCUGAUCGCUCGUCGCGGUGCAGGCAACGUUUCGGUCGGAGGUCGGAAUGGCGAAUCGAGCUUUCACUUGCGCCUCGAGGCAAACGACAACGAGGAUGCCGAGCUGGUUACUUGUAAUGCGGCUUGA